CUCUAGCGGCGUGAAGAGGGACCCGCUCCCCUCCUGUUGCCUCAUGUCUGGGUGCUGCAACGGGACAAGGGGCUCAACCAUCAGUCCCAGCCGGCUGGUCACCGCUUGAAGUGGACAAACAACACCUCCUGGGCGCUUACAUAACCAUUUAAUUACUCGCCUCCACCGCGGAGAGCCUCUGAUCACUUGAACCUCAGAGACAGUUUGAUUUGGCCGUGGAGAGCCGCAUUGGCAUUGGAUAAUCUAUGAUCCAAUACCGGCUUUUUGUUCCCGAUUGCAAUGGCGAUUGCCCACGUAGCCACCGAAUACGUUUUCUCUGACUUUUUAUUGAAGGAUCCGACUGAGUCCAAAUACAAAGGAGUGCGUCUGGAACUGGCCGUAGACAAAAUAGUCACAUUUUUAGCGGUCAGUCUGCCUUUGUUUCUCAUCUCCCUUGCGUUUGCUCAAGAGGUGUCAGUCGGUACACAGAUCAGCUGUUUUGCUCCCACUAACUUCUCCUGGCGACAGGCCGCCUAUGUGGACUCCUUCUGCUGGGCAGCAGUACAACAACAAGCUGAGAGUUCACCGCUAUGGCUACACAAGUUCUUUCCAUACAUCCUGCUCUUCCUGGCCAUCCUCAUGUACAUCCCGGCCCUGUUCUGGCGUUUCACAGCGGCUCCCCACUUGUCCUCUGACCUCAACUUCAUCAUGGAGGAGCUGGACCGCUUCUAUAACCGGGCCAUCAGACUAGCCAAGAAUCUGGCAACCUUCGAUAGCAAGGAGGCACCUGAAGACACUCAAUGCAGCAGUGCUCUGGACCUGACUGAGGGCUGCUUCAAGUACCCGUUGGUAGAGCAGUAUCUGAAGACCAAGCGCUUCUCUCGCUCCCUGGUGGUGAAGUACCUAGCGUGCCGGGGCCUGACUCUGCUGACGCUGCUGCUGGCCUGCCUCUACCUGGGCUACUACAUCCAGCUGGCCUCGCUCACGGACGAGUUCCCCUGUGACAUGCAGACAGGCCUGCUGAAGAAUGACAGCGUGGUGCCCCCUGCUGUGCAGUGCAAACUAGUGGCUGUGGGCGUCUUCAGGCUGCUCAGCUACAUCAACCUGGUGGUGUAUGUGCUCCUUGUGCCGUUGGUGGUGUAUGCUGCUCUGGGACCGGCGCGCCAGAGCUCAGGCUUCCUCCGGCCUUAUGAGAUGCUGCCAGGCUUUGGUGCUUUGGGUCUGGUCACGCCUUUCUACAACGACCUCAGCAUCUAUCUGCUGUUCCUGGAGGAGAACCUGAGCGAACUCAAAUCAUUCAAGUGCUUGCAGGUGCUUGAGUUGCUGCAAGAGGCUGGUGAUGAGGGAUUUGACACCAUGUGCCUUCUGCGCACGCUGGGGCAGGUGAAGACCGAUGUGGUGGACAGUAUGAAGCCUCGCUCACAAAAGAAUGUCAAAGAAACCAGUAAACCUGAAGAGUAAUCUCUGAGAGCUGAAAGGUAAGGGAGAGGAGUCGGUCAUACAGAUGGAGGCUGUUUUGUCCACGUGAAUCUGACCCUAUGCACUAUCACUAAAAAUGCCAACCUCCUGCUGCGAUUAACAGAUAAUGUGAAGGAUUGAACCAUAAAAAUAUUUGGUACCUGAUAAUAAAGACUGACUGGCUGUGGUGGAAAAGAAGAAUGACAGGCCAUGGUCUGAGUUUUUUUAUUUAAUUUUUUUUUUUUUUUUUUACAUAUGUCAAUACUGAGCCACUCCAAGGAAAAGAAAUCAUCUUAGAUCCAAGGUGAUCUGCUGCUGACCAAAAACUUGUGUUCUUAGCCUGAAAGCAAAGUCUAGUUUUAUUAUUUUCUGUAUUGCUGUUCUCAGGAUCACUGAAAUGCCUUCUGGUCAUUAUUUAGAGUGCAAGACAUUUUCCAAGGGCUCAAAGCUGCACGUUAGUUUCCGACACAGCUGCCCAUACCUAUCCUUAUGAGAGAAAAGGCUUGUUGGUGUCAGUUUUUAUCCAUUAAAGCUCUGAAGACGUUUCCGACAGUUGAGCUUAAAUGUCAUUAAGUGUGAAGUAAUCAUUAAGGGAAAUAAUUGAAUAUAUUUUAAGAAGCACUGAAGCAGCUUUGUCUAGACAGUAGUAGUUGGACUGUAAAGCAUGUGUUUGUGUGUGUAAAUGUGUUGUAACCAUUUGGCUAUAGUUAUGCAUGUUGUAUGAAAGUAAACCAAGACCUAUAGCACUUAAGUUUUAGAUUAAUAGCAAAAAUAGAAUGAAAAUCAAUUGAAAAGCCCUGAAUCAAAUGCAAAAUAAACUUAAAGGCCUUUCAGCUUUUCAGGCACUCUUGAUUUCCAGGAUCGUCAUUCUCCUGAAUAUCAUUAUGGGGUGUUUCAUCAACAAUACACCAUUCAUAUAAUUUAAUAUACAAUUUAAUGAGGGAAGUUAUCAGAAGAACUGUGUGGUGUACGGUAUGUUUUUAUCCACCUGUAAUGCCUACAAUGCCUCUUAUCAAACACACAAUUCAGGAAUCUUUACUGCCGAGACAACUAGAGCUGAUUCUGUGAAACUCUGCAAAACUUGGGAACAUGAGACACCCCACAGACCUGUGGAGGGAUUUGUCACUACAAUAAUGCUGCAAUUUCUCUGUGCUGCAUGUUUAUUCCUAAUAAAUGGACUAUUCUCCUUUUGA